AUAGUGCUAGUGAAAGCCCUUUAUCAGAUCACGAUGUGUGAGUUAACUUGGGUCUCGUUGCUCUUGGCUCUGCUCAUGCCCCUUGGUGCAAGCCUUAUUGUACCUAUGUCAAAGCCAAACGGGGAUGCAGAUUUGAUCAGUAUCACAAGUCACGUGACUCUGAUGGAACAGACGGUGAACAGUCUCGAGGCACGGUUCCAGACAACAAAAACAGAAUUAACGACUGUGAAAGCCGACCUGAAAACAACGAGGACAGAAUUAUCCUCACUCCAACUCCUACACAUUGAUGCAGUGCGGGAUCUCACAGUUACGCAGACACAAUUGAAUAAUGCCUUGGCAGAACUACACACUGUGAAAGAUGAUCUUAAGAAAGCUGAGUCAGAAUUAGCACUGGUAAAAUUACAAUCUUUAAAUCUUUCAGAGUUGACGAACCUGAAGACUGAGCUGAAAACUGUCCGAACUGAGCUCUCAGCUGCAAGAUCUGAAUCUAACGGGACCUCGUCUGAGCAGAGGUCUAUCAAACGUGAACUUGCACGACUAACUUCCAACGUGAAGGCACAACACGCACUGAUAAAUGAAACCGUUUUGGAUGCAAUCAGUUCUGACGUUAAGUCAAAUUUGGCUGAAAUAGUAUUAUUAAAAUCGGAGCUUUCACUGACCCGGGCUGACACGAACAAAACUGCGUGUGAAGUAGAGAUUAUUCAGGACUACCUGAAUUCCUCAUCUGUAGCGGUUGGUGAUUUGGAAAAAGAACUAACGUCCCUGAUAGAAAUUAUGGACAAUGCUACCCUCGAGGCGAACACAACACAGGGCGAAGUCAGUCAGUUGAUGAAAGGCCUCCAUGACCUGGGACAAAGUGUCGAGGACCACAGUAACACACUGAAUAACAUUUCCUUUUCCAUAGAUCGUCUUGAAACAGCUGUUGCAUUCCAAGCUAGUCCCAGUGCCUACUACUUUGACGUAAAAGACACCGAGAAACUUAUUUUCGACUCGGCCCUCUACAACCUCGGAGAUAGUUAUGACGGCAAGACCGGGCUCUUCACCGCGCCUGUACAUGGGACGUUCAUAUUCUGGGCUGGUGCCAGCUCCUUUGGGAAGAACACCCGAGUCACAAUCAGACUAAAUCUGAAUCACAACCGCCAUGGCUACUUGGCACAGGGAACGGGCAUCUCCAAUAACAAUUCCACGGAAAGUACCGCUUCUGUUAUCACAACCGCCCAGUUAAGGAGAGGUGAUGUUGUUUGGCUGGAGAAGUACGGUGGCACUGACCGACUCUUUGGCACCCAAGAAUCAUACUUUGGCGGGGUACUCUUGCACCACUACUAGUACAAUCAACACUGACUAUCAUUUUAGAAAUAAAGAUGUUACUAGUAGUGUUACAUUUGAGAAA